AUAAUGCGAUGGUUAUUGAAAUUAAGAAAGAAAGAUUUUCACAUCGUAAGAAGAAAUCUUAAUCGGCACCAUUCUUGCAGUGCAAAUUCCAGUGAUGUAAAUAGUGUGUGCUCUGAAUUGAGCAGAAAGCUCCAAAAUGUUGGGAUUGAAAGAGAGGAAUCGAAUUUGUCUGCAGAAUAUAUCAUUGCACAUGUUCUGGGCAAAAAGAUGUUUCAUCAAGUUUCAAAGAAACAGAUAAUUACUGAAACACAGUUAGCAAGAAUUAAACAACUUGCAAUGAGGCGAUUGGAAAGAAUGCCAAUACAAUAUGUGAUUCAGGAGUGGGAUUUCCAUGAGUUUACCAUUAAAUUAUGUCCACCAGUCCUCAUUCCAAGACCAGAAACAGAGGAACUAGUCCAGUAUGUAAUACAAGAUGUGGAGGAAAGCAGGACAUGUCAGAAGUUCUUAGAGGUUGGCUGUGGAUCAGGGGCAGUAACUCUGUGUUUACUUGCCAAACUUCCCUGGAUGGCAGCAGUGGCCUGUGAUAUCAAUGAUGUUGCCUGUCAUCUCACAGUGGAGAACUUAACAAGAUAUAAAGUACAAGGGAGAGCUAAUGUCCUGAAUGUGGACUUCAAAAGCCAGGAGAAUAUUCAGCUUAUCUCUCGGUUAGGUCCAUUUGACUUCAUUAUUAGUAAUCCACCAUAUAUACCCACUGCAGAUAUUGAUGACCUUGACCCAGAGGUCAAAAGAUAUGAAGACAGACAAGCAUUAGAUGGUGGCCAAGAUGGUUUAGAUUUUGUGAGGCGUUUGAUAUCAGUGGCCCCCAUGUUACUGAAAAAGGAGGGCAAACUGUGGCUUGAGACAGGUUUAGAACAGCAUAAGAAAAUAAAAGAUUUUAUCCAUGAUAAUUCUGCAAAAGAACUUGAGUUUAUCAAAUCUCUUGUAGACUUCAAAGAUCGAGAGCGGUUUUGCCUUAUACAGAAACGCUGAUGAUUCUAAGAAGCAUAAUUUAUACAUCGGAC